AUGAUAUCACGCAAUGUUGACAAUACAAAAACAAGAUAACUGCUGAAUAGGUACAUGUGUUCAUUUAUAAAUAGCAUACCGGCAUUGUCAUGGUCAGUUUACGAACGAGACGGCUAGUCGUGUGUCGUAUAUUUUAUAUAAAUUGUCUAAUAUUGAAAUAUAAAUCUUCAUAACUAUGGGUGUAAAACUGUACACUUUGGACAUGAGCCCGCCGGUGCGCGCUUGCAUGAUGGCUUGUGAAGUCCUCAACGUACCAUUUGAGAAGAUAGAAGUAAACCUUCAGGCCGGAGAACAUCUUACUCCAGAAUUUUUGAAGAAAAAUCCUCUUCACACAGUCCCUGUUAUGGAAGAUGGCGACAUUACAUUGCACGACAGCCACGCUAUUAUGGCCUACUUAGCUGACACCUACGGAAAGGACGACUCUUGGUACCCAAAAGAUGUCAAGAAACGGGCAUAUGUAAACCAAAAACUGUUCUUUGACACUGGUGUCAUUUUCCCUAGAUUACGAAACAUUACAUACAACGUGGUCUUGAAAGGCAAGACGACCAUCGAACCAGAAUUGUUACAAGCUGUGGCAGAGGGCUAUGAGUUCAUGGAAGCAUUCCUGUCUCGAACAAAGUACAUCGCUGCAGACCAUGUAACCAUCGCUGAUUUAGGAAUAUUGAGUGUUAUGACGUCCCUGGAACAGAUUCUUCCAGUGGAUGCUACCAAGUACCCAAAAACAUCUGCUUGGUUAGAAAACUUGAAAGCGACAUCAUACUGUAAGAAAUGGAACGAAGAAGGUGCCAAUGCUUUAGGUGCCUUUAUUAGGAGCAAAGUUAAUUUUUAAUGUAUGAAAUGACUUGUGUGAUAAAAAAAAUAUAAUUUAAAUAAUAAAUAAAUAAUUUAAAUUUAUUACUUACAUUGUUUUCUUUAAUUUCACUUUUGCUUUUUGUAAUGGAAUAGAUCGACAAACGAGAAGACCCGGGUGAUGUUAAGCUAUCGGCACCACUCGUUGACACCCGCAACAUCGAGAAAUGCCAAUUGCGUUGCUGUUGCUGACCUACUGACAAUAUA